AGCAAAUGUCUGUUGAGAAAAAGAGUUCCGUGUUCAUCUUAAAAAGAACCUUUAAUUUUAAAUUGAAACUUAAUCCUCUGCCUGCUGGUGCUUUUUCCUUCCUACUCCCCCUUUAAAAACAUCUCUUUAUCUUUUUGUUUUGUUACUUGCUUUUAUAAUAGCUUUUAAAUAACAAUUUGCUUUCUAGACUAAUAAUAAUAUAUGCCAAGCAAAUGGGAAGAGUUUUUCUUUUCUUUUACCACCUGUGUCUCUCUCCGGGAAGAGUGGUCUCUCGGCUCGCUUAUUACCACGGGUAAAGCCGUGUCUGCAGAGUUGAAUUUGCAGAGACCUUACAUAUGUGGUCACUCAAAUAUUACCUGAAUACAACCAUAGACGAUUUUGUGGGUUGUUCAUUUUCUAAUUUUGCUGCAUUUGCAGGGCUGGCUUACAUGUUAAAAUAUGCACUUAUUUGACAUGGUAAAAUUACAUCUUAGUUUUGCUGUGUAUUUUAUCUUCCUAAGGGAAAUUUAGAAUAUCAUAUGUGGUAAUUUGAUAUUUAUGAACUGAUGAGUAUUAUAUUUUAGCGAAACUAAAGCAAGUGUUUUGUUUCUAUUGUAUUUUAAUUUUUAUAACUAUUGUUUGUUUGUUUCCUCUUUCAUUUACCAAAACAACAAUCACAGUAAAUACAAAUAAAAAAUAUAUCUUGUCUCUUUUUUUUUUAAAAAAGGAAGAAUUGGGAGGGGGAGAUUUUUUUAAAUGCCUUGGUCAAGUGGAUCUCUGUUUUUAGUUGACUUCAGAGUUGCUUGAAAUCUCAGUGUUUCCUCAACUGACCAUACCAUAUCUGUCUGUCUGUCCCCAUCCUCCUUUCUUCCUGCUGUCCCUAAAUCUGGAUGGGGCUGAUGGGAACAACAUAUCUCUUCAGGAGCUGGAUGAGCUUGCUGACGACCGUAUGGCUCUGGUGUCAGGCAUAAGCUUAGAUCCAGAAGCAGCAAUUGGCGUGACAAAACGGUCACCUCCUAAAUGGGUGGAUGGAGUGAAUGAAAUACACUACGAUGUUGGCCGGAUUAAACAGAAGAUGAAGGAGUUAGCCAGCCUUCACGACCAGCAUUUAAACAGACCCACCCUGGAUGACAGCAGUGAGCAAGAGCAUGCCAUCGAGAUCACCACCCAAGAGAUCACCCAGCUCUUCCACAGGUGCCAGCGGGCCGUGCAGGCUCUCCCCAGCCGGGCCCGCAGGACCUGCUCCACGCAGGAGGCGCGGCUCCUCGGCAACGUGGUGGCCUCCCUGGCACAGUCCCUGCAGGAGCUCUCCACCGGCUUCCGGCGCGCCCAGUCAGGCUACCUCAAACGCAUGAAGAAUCGAGAGGAAAGAUCCCAGCAUUUUUUUGAUACAUCAGUACCACUAAUGGAUGAUGGAGACGAUAAUGCUCUUUAUGACCGGAGUUUUACAGAUGACCAGUUAGUGCUGGUGGAGCAGAAUACACUGAUGGUGGAGGAGAGGGAGCGGGAGAUUCGCCAGAUGGUACAGUCUAUUUCCGACCUAAAUGAAAUAUUUAGGGACUUAGGAGCAAUGAUUGUAGAACAGGGUACUGUCCUUGAUAGAAUCGACUAUAAUGUUGAACAGUCCUGCAUCAAAACUGAAGCCGGCCUGAAGCAGCUCCACAAGGCAGAGCAGUAUCAAAAGAAGAAUCGGAAGAUGCUUGUGAUUUUAAUAUUAUUUGUCAUCAUCAUUGUCCUCAUUGUCGUCCUCGUGGCGGUGAAGUCUCGCUAAGCGGCGUCGGGUCUGUGUGCCACGCGCGUGGAUUCCCGGGGCUCGGGGCUCGGCUGCACCCCGCAGGCUGCAGCAGAGGUGGGCCCCAGCCCCGCGCCGGGGCAGGGAGCGUCUCCGUGGACUCCGCGUCACCCUCGUGCUCCGGCAAGGGGCAUGGGCUUCUGUAUUUCCUUCAUUGUUAAGAAUGUAAGGACCUUUGACAUUGCUGCAGAAUAGAGAUUGGGUUCUGUAUCAUCAGUUAUAAUAUAUAUUUUUUUUAGAAAGAGAAAAUGAGUUGAAUGUUUACAGGCACUCCACAAGCUGUUCAAUAUUAUAUGUGUAUAUGCUAUUUUUUUAGCAGUCAUGUCUGAGCAGCAUGUUAAAAUAAUUUUUGGAAAAUUUUUUUUAAACCAUCUGGUUUUUAAGAAAUUUGGUACCAAAAAUUUGUGAGUAGAGGCAAAAAUACCUCUUCAUCUUUCCUAUAUAUUUUCCAGUUGAAAACAAUCUGAGAAGUCCCUUAAGAAUUUAUAAUCCAUCCCCCAUUAACUUAAUUUAGCUUUUCCAUCACUGUUAAUGAUCAGAGUAACAAAGUGUGAAAAAUAAGAAACCAUCAUUGAUGUUAAUUAACACAUUUAGAUGGACCAGUUAAAACAGCUUCAUAAGUUUAAAUUAAUUGUAAAUGGAGUAUUCCUCAACUAAAAUGUGUGCACUGCAUUUUCUACUGUAAACCAAAGGGGUUACUAAGCAAAACCACCUAAAUUUAAAAGUUGGUGAUUUGAACUAACCUCACAUUAAGAGGACUCCUGGCAGCAUCAUGAAAGUCACCAGCAUCAGCCAGUGUGUCCUGUGACCGUCCCCAGCCAUCCUUGCUCGAUCCAUUACUUAUAUGCUAACUACAUAAUAACCUGUUCAGACCAGACACCAUCUAAUGAACUGUGAAUUUACACAGAGGCCAUUCUAAAUGUGUCACCCCAUUUAGGAUUAGUGGAUCUCAAAUUAUUAACCAAACAUCACUCCAUUUCAGAGUAAAAUAUUCCAUCACUGGUUUGAUUUAUUGGCUCUUCCAUUGCCACUUAACAUGCCCAGGAAGUAGGCAUAUUCCUGCAGCUGGUGAGCAUCUUGGCCGGGAAAUCCCUGGUUCGUGUCCACCGGAGUCAGACUUUGCUGUUUACUUACCUAUGUUGUUAAUAUGGUGCUCAAAUAUAUUCCAGGAACUGUAGAAUAAUGUGGAAAGUGAUGAUAACUUUGAAAACUGAACUUUAUCUUGUUUUAAUUGGUCUUUAGACACCAGCAUGGUUUUAAUGGUCUGUAUAGUUUUUGGUAGCUUUUCCAUUGUUUUUACUUCUCUUAAAAAGUUCAAGAAGAGCAUGAUCUCAUUAAAUGUGCUCCACUUUAUUUGGACCAGUCACAUAAAAUGUCUCUCUAGAAUUGACUUUGAAGUUGUUUCCAGAAAUUUAAACUCAUGUCCAGAGAUUCAAGUUAUCUAAACAGAUCAUGGACUUAAUACUCAAACCCCUGCCUCAGCCUUCCCUUCCCUGGUUGCUCAUGCCGCCAGGCAGCCCCUGAUUUUCUUACUGCUAAUGUGGCUGUAGAAUGAUCUAAAGGGGUUUCUGGCAUUUCAGGAAAUACGGUAUUCCCUGACAAUUAUUUAUUACAAAGAAGGUCAGGGCAUAAGAAUCUAGCAUCUCCUUGGUCACCCCUGAAAUGUGGGGUUUCUACUGAUCUUAAGAGGAGCUAGAGGUGUCCUUUGGUCCCAGUGGAUUUUAACUCAGUGGUGGAGCUGAGAUGCUCUGUCAGACCAGGGGCUGCUUGGAGUGGGGCUCCUCGGACUGGGCGCACAGUGCCCCUCCCGGAUCACCUGCCGUGGUGAUGCUGGGCUGGUGUUAAAGCUGCUGAAGCACUGCGCCUCCCUGGCCCCUUUAGGAAGCAUCCUCUAAGCCUGCACGCUGACUGGCUGAGCGCCCCCUCACCACUGUGCUUUACUGUUGAGCCUUUACUGGGGGGAACAUCAGAAGCAUUGGAGCUCAUAAAGAACACUAGUAAUGGUGUGCAGACCCUCCCCUCGCCUGGGAUGCACCCUGAGAAGAGGACCAGCAGGGAAGGCUCCUCAGGCACCCCUGCCCCCUGUAAUGUGGCCUGUGGUGGCUCCGCCCAACAGGCGGGAGAGGAGAAAAGUAAAUGUUUACUAUCAGGGCUCCAAAGCUCCUGAUCUUUCCCAGUUAAAACUAAAAUCUGCUGUCUUUUGUUGUAUUAAUUUGAGGGCUGGGGGUGCUGGCUCGCCAUGGGCGUGAAGCAUGUAUGUCUAAUUGAACGGAUCUACCGCUUUCUCUGCUAAUUGAGAGAGCAUUAUUUAUUUGUUCUGACACUAGUGUUUUCAGUGUUUUAUCCUAGCUAAUGGCUUCUUAAAGGUAAUAAAACCCUUCCAACCUAAUUGGUCAGAUAAGACUUUUUUCUUGUGUGCUUAAAUAAAGCAAUUAGUGAAACACUUCUAUCCAGCGUGACUUUUUGGGUCCUUUUUUAAAACGAAUUUACUGUUCCUGGAACCUUUUUGUACAAUAAAGCAAAUCAUGCUGAUUCCAGAACAGCUGCAACCCUAGUAUUGAUUUUAACAGCGGGGCCAGUGUUUUCUUCAAAUGCGUCCGUGGUCCAGGAGGGCCUGGCCUGGCCUGUGAUGACUGUUUUGUGUCUGAGGCCUUUGCCUCCAUGUCUGAAAAGUCCAUCUAUCUACCUAAUGGACACUUUCAAAGGAACCAAUCUAUUUGAUUCCCAGUACACAAAAAGGAAAACUGCCUAAAACGCAGACAGUUAUUUCUCUUAUGAAAAUGUAUACUUUAUAUAUAUAUGAAUCAAGAAACAUUUGGAGAUCAUCAAAUAAAAUUGUAGUAUGUGUACCUCGUUGAGCAGUAAUUCUCACGCCACAGGCUCUAGGAGACCUGGGUUUCUAAAUGACUGAGUAUCUCCUAGCCUGUCGUAUGGAGAACCUUAGGGAUAGUGUUUGCCAGUUGAACUCAGAAGCCAGGGCUGUAUUUCCCCUUGAGUUGGUCUGUGUCUGGCUUCUCCUCAAAGGCUGGGAUGUUUUGUGAUGCAAAGCAUCAACUCUCGCCCAUCUCUGCUCCAGGGGAGGUGUCCUCAAGGCAUGAUGGGGCUAUAGGUCUACACUAGAGUGGAUCCCCAUACAAUCCUGUCUUUACAGACAGUCACCUCGGCAAGGUGGGCAUUAGGCCCACCAGGCGGCUGCUGUUUAUGACUAUCAACUUCGAAUCUGUUGAUGAACCGCACAAAAGAAGCAACCUCUUACUGUGUGCUUUCCUUGGUUUUUGACUAGAAGUUAGAUUCCCCCCAUGACUUGCUCUCAGCCAUUCACUCUGUCCGAGAAUCAAAUCCACUCUCAAAGCACAUACAUUUGCAAUAGGCUUCAGAAACAUUCUGGCCCGCAGUAACGACACUGGAGAAAUCCUCCACUCUGAUGAGACCGCUGUGGAAGUGGCGACGUCAACAUGUAGGCCCUGCAAGGCCUGGAAGCCUCAUGGGUCACGUCACUGACAGGUUUGGUGGCCCAAUCUUGAAAGAGCGCUACAAGUGUGUGCACCUACAAGCAGAAACUGCCUGUUGAGCAGAGCUUGGAAGGCUGGGCUCCUGGCCCUGAAGGUGUGACUUGCCUGGAGGCGAGGGAGUGGGGACCUUGGGUGGCUCCUUUUGAAUGCCCACGUUGACAGUAGAACAGGUUGUAUGUAGAUGUAUCCUGCUAGAUCUAGUGAGCCUUCUUAAGAACUGAGCAAAACCCCAAACUGGAGCAACCUAGAAUCCUUCCUGGUCUGUCUGUCGUGCAGCCAGCAAAACAAUUUACCUAGCCUAGCAUAAUUUGUAUCUCAGUUUGAUAGGACAGCAUGUUCUUCUACAUGCUGGCUUAAUUUUGAUCAUUGGGAUCCCCUAUUCUAGUCAAAACACUUGAGAACCGUAUGGAGAGACCUGGUAAUGUUUUCCCUGCAGGGAUGCUCACUAGCUGGGGUAGCAAGGGUGGGACUGCUCAGGUGGUGGUAAUUCAUUGGUUAGUCACAAGUUUCCAUUUCUUCUAAGAUUUAGGUAGGCACACUAAAGAACAUCAUUUGAUGUUAGCUACGUUUUGGAACUUAGCCCUGUGCCUACACAGAAAUGUGGACUUGACCUACAUAUCUCUCUGUGUGUUAGCCCUUAAAAACUUGUCUUCUCCCCAGAUUCCCAUGACAACCCAGAUGCCACCUCUAAUCUUGUUUAGUUUAGUUUUGAAAUGGAGGGGGAGAAAAACCUUCAGAAUUGUGGGUAUUAGAGUGAACUGAUGAGCACUCCGGGUGGGCCCGUGGAGAGGCCAUCCGCUCUUCUGGAGGCAGGCCCACUGAGGACCUGGCCGUCAGACAGCGGGCAGCAUGCUUCCUGUCCCUGACCCCAUGACAUCUUUCUACCAGUUCACAGCUGGGUCUUCUCACAACUCAAAGGGACAUUCCAGAGUCAAAUGGCAGAGCCUUGUGCACAAUUAUCUGGUCAUUUGAGGCAAAAGAAAAUAAUCAUUUGUUCAAUUGUCCAGAUUAGCUCUCUGGACUGUUCAGAAGAAUUGUGUGGGCCUCUGCCUCAGCUCCGCAAUCUGGCUAAAAUGGACUAUUUCAAUGAGACUGCAUUCAACACACUGUGCAUUUAAAUCGGACUUAGUUAAAAUAGACCCCUGGGUUUAGUAUUUUCUGUUUGUCAGCUAUUAUUCUAAAAUUGCGUUUAGUCAUCUAAAUUCCGCCAUUAAUAAUCACUAUUUCUCUCAUUUUUUAGAUGGCCUAAUGGAGGCCAAAGGGCUCUGGUUUGCAUCACUUGGUCUCUUUCUCAGAGGAAGUGCCGAGGGCAUCACAUGCUUUUUAACUUGAUGUUGUGACUUGAGACCCAUUAUAGACCUGUGUUGCCUCAGCUGUUGAGCAAAGAGAUCUUCCACCUCACGAAAGCGCCCCCUUUUCCAGAUGGGAUGCUGAGAUCUGCGGUUGCACUGGGCUCACCCGGGGCUCGGACUAGAAUCUUCUUCAGCUUUCUCAUUUCCAGGCCAGGACUACUUCUGCUGAUACCAUUUUAAUUGUUAAUUUCUUUCCGUAAAAUUAAACGACCUUCUUCAAGAAAGAUUUAAUGGUCAAGAAGUGAUUUGGUAAAAGCUUCCUCAAGGAUUUUUUUUUUAUUAUUACGAAGAUUAGACCAGACUGAGGCUAAGCGAGAUUUGCAAACAGUGGUAUGUCAUUAUCCCUAGUUCAGUUUUUCGUGUAAUUGGUGCGAAGAGAUUGCAGCUGAUGACUAAGCCGGCUGCUGGACAGAAAAUGAUUCUUUUGUGACAUGACUAGGUGUGCAUACGUGUAUAUCGUGGUUAUGAAAGGUAUAUGUAUGUGUAAAAUGCUUACCAAGAUGGAUAAUGCCAUUUUAAACGUGGUAAAUAAUAAAAAAUAGUCUUGAGCAAAACUGA